AUGACUGCGACCGGCACUCUCUCUACCAACAAACGCGCCCGAUUUGCAACGGACAAAACACCACAACCAUCUUUGCUUACCACACCUAGCGAAGCUGCUGAAUGUGUUGCCAUCGCCGCGCUGACUGCCAAUGGAUCGCUCCAAGAAUCGCAACGAACCUACUUUCGAGAACUCUUCGCUGAAUUUAUCAAACUCAAGAAGAAUCUCAAAAAUCUGAACGAUCGCCUAAUCACUCUGAACCAAGACGAUUAUGUGCCACGGUCCACCAAAUUCAAGUUUCAACUACAUUCCUCUGCUCGACUUCUCGAAGAGAGCAAAGCAGAGGUCGAUAAAGUGGAACACGCUUGCAACACAGCCGUUGCUCUUAUGCAAACUACUAUUUGUGAUGAGCUCAAAAAGCUUGUUAAACUUGACAUUGCCUCAGUCCGAAAAGCACUGCAUUGCCCGCAGUGUUGUUGUUAUUGCAACCACACUUGCCAUCGGUGA